GGGAAACAAAAACAAAGUUGGCUUGACAAUACACCAUUUCACAGCAAAAUUAUAUUUGUUUGCUUUCUUUUCCUCUUCACUUCACUACAGAGAAAGAAAAAAUGGGGUCCAAAAUUCUUCCGCAAUGGGCAUCCAAACCCUGCGCCAUGGGAAUCGACGAAGCUGGAAGAGGCCCUGUUUUAGGACCUAUGGUUUACGGUUGCUUGUACUGUGCUCAAUCCUAUUUGAAAACCCUAGCCACAUUGAGUUUCGCAGAUUCUAAGACACUAAAGGAAGAGAAGAGGGAAGAAUUGUUUGAAACUUUAAAGACUAAUGAUUCUAUUGGAUGGGCUGUUGAUGUCAUUGAUCCCCGGGAACUCUCUGCUAAAAUGCUUAAGAAGAAUAAGAUAAACUUGAAUGAGAUUUCACAUGACUCUGCCAUGGGCCUCAUUGACAGGGUGUUAAAAAUGGGAGUGCUUCUAACUGAGGUGUAUAUAGACACAGUUGGAGAUGCAGGGAAAUAUGAAAUGAAGCUGUCUAGAAAAUUUCCAUCCAUCAAAUUUGUGGUUGCAAAGAAGGCUGAUAGCCUUUACCCCGUUGUCAGUGGUGCAAGUAUAGUUGCAAAGGUCACAAGGGACCGUGCUUUAAGAGAAUGGGUACUUGAUGAGACUGCAGAAAACAUGAAGAGGGACUUUGGCUCUGGAUAUCCUGGAGACCCUCAAACCAAAGCUUGGCUGGAGGAUCACAAACAUCGUAUCUUUGGAUUUCCAACCUUGGUUCGAUUUAGUUGGGGAACCUGCAACUCUUAUUUUAAAGACAUUGCACAAGUGCUAUGGGACUCUGACAAUUUGGAUGAAGAUGGCGGAGGUGGAAAAAAUAGUAAUGGCAAGCGACAAUUGAAAUUAAGUAAUGUGGGUUUCACCUCAUCCAAGAGGGGAAGUGAAGAAAUAGAAUCUAGUGGUAAAGGACGCUGUAGGUUUUUUCAGGCUCGUAAACUUGAGCACCUCACUAAUUUCUAAGAGUGAUGCUUUAAUAUUGUCCCCCCUUUGCGUUGUUCCAGUAAUUUUUAGCCAUGUCAACAUUCCAAUUUCAUCGUUGGGUAACAUUUUCUGUAUAUAGACUUUCUUAGAUGAUACUUCACUCUAACAAGACCUGCCUUGGGUAUUGUAUAAAUUUUAACUUAGUAUAUCUAUUGGUUUAAAAUUUAAACCCUCUUAUUAAA